AAUAUAUAUUGUCAAGUAUAAAUGAUACUUAGAAUAUAUGUUCUAACACUGUUUAUAAAUAAAUAUAUGGGUUUACGUAAAUUUAUAGGUUAGUUAAUAUUUAAAACUAUAGAAAUACAUUAACAAACAUUUUAUCAAAAUGAUAAAAACAAAUUAUAUCAGUGCUGCGUGCAAUCAAUUGUCGCACGCAGCAGAUUGGGGUAGAAAUAAUUUAAUAUGUUAUGCUUCCAAUCAUGCGAUUGUAAUAUAUGAUACCAAAGUAAAUAAAUUUGGAUCAAUUUUGUCUACGCUACAUGAACAUCAUGAUAGGGUCAAUGCUGUCCACUGGAUCAGACCCGAGUUUCCAGAACUAGAGACAGAAUUUAUAUCAGCUUCUUCGGAUGGUACUGCUAUUGUUUGGAAGGCUAACAAUCAAGCAAAAGGCUCUUUUACAGUAGCUAAUACUAUCAAAAUUAAUGAGCCUGUAAAUAUGUGUGACGCUGUUUAUAUCAAUUCAAAUUUACCCGAUUUAUUAAUAUGUACUUCUACUGUCAGUGGAGAUUUCAAAAUAUGGUUGAGAAUUGAUAAACAUGAAAUUCAAGCUUUCUGCACGAUAGACUUUUUUAGCAAAUUACCAACUACAGCCAGAUUAGCUAUGGUUCCAAGAAAAUUCAAAGAUUCUGCAAUUCCACUUUUAAUAGUUGGUCUGGAAGAUUCAACAGUUGUAUUACUUUCAACUGAAAUGAACUCUCGAGAAAUAAUUCAAGGGCAAAUUGGACAAUUUGUUCGUGUACAAACUUUAGAGGGCCAUGAAGAUUGGGUAACAUCAAUUGAUUAUAUAUUCAUUGAUCCUCAGAAUUUAUUUAUAGCUACAGGUUCACAGGACAAUUCGAUACGCGUAUGGAAAAUCAUAACCUGUGAGCCAGAAAUUUGUCCAAAUCAUGAAAUUUUCCAAUACCCAAAACAGCAAACAUUUGUUGUGUGUCAUGUAAAAUAUGAAAUAAUUUUAGAAAGUAUCCUUCAUGGGCAUGAUGCAUGGAUUUAUGAAGUACAUUGGCAUCCCCCAAUUGAAAUAAACGGCACUUAUUCUCAACCUACGAAGUUACUUUCCUGUUCAUUAGAUAAAACUGCAGUCAUUUGGGAACCAAAUAAUGCUACUGGAAUUUGGUCAGAAACUGUAAGAGUUGGAGAAGUAGGUGGAAAUUCUCUUGGAUUUUUUGGAUGCAAAUUUAGUCCUGAUGGUAAGAAUUUUUUAACACAUGGUUAUCAUGGAUCAUUUCAUAUGUGGAAAUAUGACGAAGACUCACAAAACUGGAAACCGAGGACAGCACCAACUGGACAUUGUAACAGUGUAGUAGAUCUUUGUUGGGAUGCCAAAGGACGAUUUUUAAUCACUGCAAGUACUGAUCAAACAACGAGAAUUCAUGCUCCAUGGAUGCAAGAAAAUGGAGAGGAAUCUUGGUUUGAAAUUGGACGACCACAGAUACAUGGUUAUGAUAUGUCUUGUCUAGCUAUUCUUACACCCUGCAUGUUUGCUUCAGGCGCCGAAGAAAAAGUUGUACGAAUAUUUACAGCCCCAAUAAUUUUUAUGAAAUUUUUGGAACAAAUAACAGAUGAUGUUAAUGACUUUGAUGUUAGUGUUAUGAUUGAAGGAGCAUCUGUUCCUGCUCUGGGGUUAACUAAUAAAGCUAUUUUAGAUAUGGAGCCUUAUAAUGUAAAUGCACAUAAUAAAAAGUCUGAAAAUUAUUGUAAAGAUAUAAAUUAUAAAGAGCCACCUUUAGAAGAAAAUUUAGUUGAAUCAACUCUGUGGCCCGAAUUACAAAAGCUUUAUGGACAUGGUUAUGAAAUUUUUUCAAUGGCAGCUAGACACGAUGGAAAGUUACUUGCUACUGCAUCCAAAUCUACAUUGCCAGAACAUGCUGCAAUCAUUUUGUGGAACACAAAAACUUGGAGCCAGGAACAACAAUUAUCGUCACAUCAAUUAACGGUUACACAAUUAGCAUUUUCUCCUGAUGAUAUGUAUCUUCUUUCUGUAUCAAGAGAUAGACGAUGGUCUCUUUUUCAUUAUAAAAAUUUAAAAUAUGAACUACUAAUUACUAGUCCUAAACAAGACAAGUUACAUACGCGUAUUAUUUGGUGUUGCGCAUGGACACAGGAUUCAAAAUACUUUGCUACUGGAUCUAGAGAUGGAAAAAUUGGAUUUUGGAGUACAAAUAUGAACAUAGAUUUACAACCAACACCUGUUACACAUCCAAUUGUAAAUCAAAAUUCCGUAACAGCUCUUGCUUUUGCACCUACGCGCGUUCAAGAUAAAUUGGCUUAUAUAUUAGCGAUUGGUUAUGAAACUGGAUGCAUAGAAAUUGGAAAAAUACAGCUAGCAAACAAUAAAGAUGCGUUGAGUUGGGUACAAAUUGCAUUUUUAAAUUCAUCCCAAGCACAUCAUUUAACAUUAAGGAGGCUAGCUUUUCGUCCAAUACAUAAAAGUCAACCAAAAAAUGUUAUACAAUUAGCAAGUUGUGGAUCAGAUAGCAUAGUAAAGAUUCAUAGUAUAUUAUUGAAUUAAACAUUAUAAGAAGACUAUUUAAUA